CAGGAACCAUCUCCGAGGUUUUACUUUCAGUUUUGGUCGCAUGGACAAAAGUGGUAAACAGUUCAAAGCUGGGGUUUGGCCAGAGCAGCAAUACAACAUGACGCGGUUGUUGUACGACAACCUGUCGACUUGGCGAUCCGAUCUGAAGAAAACUGCGAUAAGUAUUGCACCCCUAUCAUACUCACUUUUUCCUCCGUCUUCUGUUCCUCCUCAACAACGUGCGACUUGGAUCGAAAGUGCCGCUGGAGAUUUACUGAAGGGUGGUUCGUUUUUACGGUUUGGAACAGAUGAGAAUGGGAGAAUGAGGAAUCUGGCUCAUCCUGCUCUCCGUGAUACAUGCGUAGCCUUUUUUUACAUGAGGCCUUACUGGGUCGCGCGGAGGCAGCCAGAUCACUUCUGCAUGCAACUACCCAUAUCGUGUCUGGCCUUAGUUGCCACAGCGUUCCACUGCGUUUUUGAUGGUCUUGAGAAGAAUGGUACUGGUAAAUGUUAUCCGAAUUUUUCGUCGAAGGAUUACUCGCCCGUCUACCGCAAAAUGCUCCAAAUCAUCAAAGAUACCCUCAAGGACGAAUAUCAUGGCCCUAGAUUGUUAGCACAGCUUCGAGAAUGGGCUGAAGUUGGAUGGGCUGAAAAUAUCAAGCUCGAUGGCAGUGCUGCGGAGGCGAGACACGACCACCUCCAGGUGAUUCUAGACUAAAUCGUGCAGAUUCGUGCUUGAAUCACAGUUCUUUGCUCACCCGUAUCGUAUUCUGUAUCAUUUCUCUUGAUUGCCAUAUCCAC